CCUUUGUUUUGUUUAUGGUGGUGAUCGAUCGAUCGAGGCAGAUAACAGUGCUAACACCGCGCAACCUAAAACUAAAGUAGAUCUCAUAAAGUUAAAAAGCGAAGCCAUGUCUAGCCGCAGUUGACCACAUUAAUGGACAGUCAUUUGAGACAGACACAGGUAAACCUUAAUUAAUUAAAAAGUAUGAUGCUACCAAGAACAACUAAUUUAAGAAUGUCUUCGUCCUAAGCGUGCUGAAGUCAUUUCAAUUCACAUUUUGUGUUAUUGAAAAAUGGAGGCUUAUAAUUAGAAAUCGUGAUAUUACACUACACAAUCUAGUUUGGACUUUGGACCCGUUGUUCAGCAUCGGCACAUGACAGUGAUGUCCACAGAAAUAUAUUGUAAAUUGUAAAUAAAAGGGUAAGAAAAUGUUUUGAAUUUGAACUAAAAUAAAAUUAUGAUUGAACAUCUUGUCUUGCUCAAGUAAAGAUUAAGAAGGCAUAGGCAUAAGACUUAAGAAAUUAAUAACGUAAAAAAUGAUUCCUACCUUAAAUUAAACUUAGUUUUGUAGGCCUGAUGCCUAAGUAAAUAGUAGGCCUAAUGAAUGCUUAAGUAAGUUAAAGUAAGUAAGGUAUGUAAGCCUAUUACAAAUUAUUGACUACUAAUAAUAUUAAAUCAUAUAUUAUAAUAUUAUAUUUAGGCCUAUAUAAUAUAUAAAAGUGAAUGUUUGUGGCUUUGUUCACAUAUGUUUGUACAUUGGAUUGACCAAACUUGGCACAUAUAUCCAUCAUUAUCCAGAAUCAAAUACUGGGGGGUUUUGAACUUUUAAAAAUAUCCCUUUUGGAGCCGGGGGCCCCGAAUUCCAUUUUUUCUUAUAUGAGCUAUAUCUAAAUAAAAUUAUCAACCAAAACUCCUACAUGAAUAGAUGUAUCUUGACCAAACAUAGUUCACAUACACUUGAUUAUCCAAAUUCAAAUACCGAAGGGUACUGAACUCAUAAUAUCCAUUCCUCUAGGGCCGGGGCUCCAUUUAAUUUUUUCCUUAUAUAAUAUAAAUAGGCAUAGACAAUGCUAUAGGUUCUAUGUAAAUUGAUGGAUAUAGAACUAGCUUGGUAGCAAUAGCCUUCAAUGUUCGUAUAGAAAUAUGGUGGAUUUAAAACUAAUAAUAUCCAAUCCAUUCAGGGCCGAUCUAGAAUUUUCUAGAAAGUUUGAUGAUUUAAAAAAGUUAUAUCUAUGGCCCUUUUAAACUGAUUUUAAUGGGACAAAUUUUAAAUUAUAACUUUAUUAUUUAUCUGAAUUUUUUUUAAUAACCCCCCACCCCCCCCCCGUCCAUCUCAGGCAAAACUAAAUCGGUACAGUUAUGGAAGGGGCCCCUAUUUCAACUUAAAUGUAAUAUAGUUAUAGCAGUACAUUUAGUUGUAUAAUUUUUUUGAGUCCGAAAAAUAAUUACGUAGAAAAUUAUUGUCUACACUUUUCAAUGUGGAGAUUAAAUUUAAUAUCUAGAAUGUUCCAGAUAUUUCUAUAUUUUUCUUUGGGGUUAUUUACUGGGAUCUAAAAGCUUACUGAAAGUUAAUGAGAUCCAACAGUAAACUGAGUUCACUGAUAAUGCGAUCCCAUUGGAUAAUGAGAUCAAAUGGGGAUCCUAUUGGGAAACUGGAUCCCAUCAGAGAAGAGAAUCCCACUGGUAAACUCGAUCCUACCGGGUUUGGGAUACCACAGGGAUCAGGAUCUCACCGAGAUUGGGAUCACACCGGGAUCAGGAUACAGAUGGAAUAUGGAUCCCAACCAGGAUUGUGAUCAAACCGGGAUGGGGAUCCCAACGGGGUUUGGAUCCCUCCGGGUAUAGGGAUACAUUGGAAAAGAGAUAUUGGAAAAUGAGAUCUGAAUGGGAUCUCUCUGGGAUCGGGAUCCCAUUGGGAAACGAAAGAUUUACAAAAGUUAUUAAAAAUGUGUUUUUAUAGGUGACAAAGGAAUUAUUUACUUUUUUACAAUAAGGGUGUUGUUGUUUUUUUUUCUUACAUGGGGCUUAAUUUUAAUGUUAAUUAAAAGGCUUUAGAAGUGGUUGUUUUUCCGAAUGCAAUCGCGUGCCACGUCGGGUAUAUUGGCUAGUAACUAAUAAAACUAAAACUAGUAUUGUUACUUAGACUUAGUAGUAGAUGGGCUCCAAAAUUUUACAUCCAUUUUUGGCCAUUAUUAUAAUUGAGCCUAAAUUUUAGUUUUAGCCUUGAUAUAUAAUAUAAUACAAGGCCUAAAUGAGCGGCUUAUCAUGUUCAAUUUUUAAAUUAUAAACAACUUUAUUAGGUAUUGAAUAUUUUUACAUUGUAACAUCAUUAGUGUUCAUUUAGGCAGGGAAAGAAAAACUGUGGUUAGUUUAACAGGAGACCUUUUAUUUUCAAAGUAUAAUUUUAAAAUGGGCUUCAUCCCGUCAAGUGCCAGACCCUGUCAGUCUCUAGAAGCCAAAGAGAGGUCUGCUGGGACGAGCACAUUAACAGUGUGUGCAACUGGGCAAACAAGACCCUGGGGUUCCUAAGGCGCAAUCUGAAGAUCGGCAACUCAAGCGUGAAAGAAAAAACCUAUAAAGCCUUUGUCCGACCUAUUUUAGAGUACGCUUCUACAGUCUGGGACCCAUUUGCCCAGAAAAGCAUCGACAGGUUGGAGGCGGUCCAGCAAUGGGCAGCGCGCUUUGUCAUGAACCGCUACAGAAGCACCUCGAGUGUUGGUAGCAUGCUGGAAACACUGGGCUGGUCGACAUUGGAAGAACGACGACGUCUAUCCAGGCUCACCAUGUUGUACAAGAUAACAAAUGGGCUGGUGCACUGCUCCGGAAUCGAACAGAAACUCGUUCAUCUUCCCCCCAGACUGCGACGAAGCCACGACAAACAGUUCCGGCUGGUAAAAACAAGAACAAAGUACAGAAGCUCCUCAUUCCUGCCGAAGACAAUAGGGGACUGGAACAAGCUUCCAAAAGCAACAGUUGAGGCGGCUACACUCGAUACAUUUGUGUCUAUUGCCUCCUGUAUUUCAUAACACCACUGCUGAGUCGCCCUUGCAACCAGUGAAGUAUCCCAUUGAAACCCAUGGACAGUAACAUCGCAAACCCCUCUGAAACAUAGGAGCCAGAAUGAUCAAUUCAUUGAUCGUGGGCCCUUAAAAUAAAGAAGAAGAAGAUAAUAUAUUUGUAUAAUACAUUUAAAUAUUUUAUUACAAAUAAUACUAAUAUCUUAAAAUAGUCUCAACUAUUACUCAUAGCCAUUUCCACUAAUUCAAAACCUUCUCCAUUGUGCUUUGGUCAUACUCAAUUACUCUAAAGCAGGCCUGCACAACUUAAAAUGUAAGGCGGGCCGUAACACUUUAUGAAAAACUUGUGCGGCCCAAAAGAAAAUAGGAAGGGGGGGGGGAAGCUAUCAAGCAAAUAAUAAGAAUAAAGAAUAGUUUGUUACUUCACGGGCCGCAAAGUGGGUGCUGGUGUUCCGUAUGUGGUGCAGGCCUGCUCUAAAGGACAUUAAAAAUGUCCAUACCUAUAUAUUAUAUACUCAUAAACUUAUAUUUUUUUUCUGUAGUUGUUCUUACACCUGUGACAUAUGUAGUUUAAUAUUAUGACCGUUUUAUUUUCUAACCUUACUAAAGUUAGGCUUAAUAUACUAACAAGAUCGAAUAUUAAAAAUAUAUUUAGAGCACAUAAGUUUAUAUUCUAAAUAAGCUGAAGGAUAUAUUAUUUGUGUGAUAACAAAUCCACUUGUCACUAAUUAAAAGUGUGAAAAUGAAAUUAUCCAACUGAAUACUGUGCACAAAUCCAGUUUAUGUUGGAAGACCCAAGUUAGUUCAUUGUUAUUGGAGUUGUGCAGGCAUAAUUGCUGUAAUUUCUAACAGUGAUCUAAUAAUGACAUGAUCGUCUCUUUUUAUUGCUAUGUUAUCAUAAUGAAAUUUAUUUAUCUUUAAUAAUUUUUCUUCUUUGGCUUUUAAAAACCUGGUGGAGCAUAGGCCAUUAACACCCACAAUUUCUUCCAAGCCUCUGGUAUCUAGCUAUGCUCUCUAACUCUUUCCUGUCUUUGUUACAUCUUUGUCAACAUCUCUUUUCCUUAUCCUAUUUAAUAUUAGCCUGCCCAUUUACUUAUCUCUUUCUGUGCUUUUUUUGUGUGCAUUUUCCUGCCUUUUAAACAGUUUUUCUCCAUUCCACCCUCUUAAUGCUAAAUCUGUGUUUAUAACAUUUAACACUUUUAUGUCAUUAAAUAUUCAAAAUAAGUUUGAGAUACCUUCAUUAAAAUGAUGAUACAAUUGCUUUUCCAUCACAUUUAUCUGGAGAAUUCAUUUUUCAAAUGUACCAAUAGAAUCAUAUUACUUCAUUCCAGGUGGUACAAAGUGAUGAAAUGACAACACAUAUAGAAAUUCAGUGCGUUAAAAAGUUAAAAAAUAUGACAAAUGCCCACGUUAGGACAUGCAUAUGAGCAGUUGAUUUAAGAAAUACAGUUUUCAAAGAGUUUGAGAAACCACUGGUCUAGAGAAUAAUAGCCUGUUCAAAAAUGAUAUAUUUACACUGGUAUAUUAUUUUUUAUUUUACCAAAACAUUUCACCACUAAAUUACUUAACCAUAUUGGGAACUUGUAGUGUCUCUCAUAUUUUAUAACUAUUCAACAGUCAACAUGAGUCUUACAUCACUUUUUAAAAAUUUUAAAGGCUUCAACUAUUUAAACAAAUUCUUCUUCUACCAUAUUUAUUUUAGUUUGAAAUAAACAGAGUGGAAUGUAAUAUUUGAAGAAAAAAAUCACGACAGUUUCAAUAUACUUUUGUCUUUGUGCAGCGCUCUAACUAAUAUUUUCAGUGAAAAAAGUAGCAUAGCUAAAACUGAUUCAGCAUUAAACGAUAUCUUUAGACAAAUAAGCUGAUAGGUACAGAGUAAAUGAUUAUCAGACACUUAGGUUUAAAGUGACCCUUUAGCUUUAUACUUCUUUCUAAACUCACUUGCUUAAAAUUAGUGCAACCAAUUAACGUAAGUAAAUAAUCAUCAUGCUAAAAAUAGUAUGCUUCGUUUUGUCAACACCAGCACAUUUUUUUUGUAAUUAAUUUCUGUUUUUUUUUUCUUAAAACAUUUUCCUUCAGGUCAGGCUGUUAACUUGAAUGACCUAGUCUAAAACCAUUCUCUUAAAACAGCCAAACUGGACCAACCACGUGACUUACUAAUCCCUGGGGGAAUGGAGAGAACUGACACGGUAAGUUUACAAUGCGAAGCACCAUGUGCAAAAGUGAAACCAGCAACUGGGUCCAAAUGACCUAUCAUGAAUUUAAAGUUCAGACGUUGGAAAUAAUGUAAGCUAUAUUUUGACAGGGUGUUACAGAUUAAAUCAUUUUUUUUUCUCGCACACUGAUUGGCCUAUUUCAGUGGUUCCCAACCCUUUUGAAAUCUCAGCCACAAUCACCAAUUAUCUAAGACCUGCAAUCCCCAGCCACACCUCCACAAGUGAAAAUAAAAACUACUUAAAAUUUUAAGCACCCAUGACAAUGAAACCCCAGGAAAUUCCUGCGAUCCUUAGGUGAAUGUGACAAAGGGUUGUUUUUUUUUAAUCAUUCAUAUUAAUUACAGUCCCUGUGGGUACAAACAUAUAUAAAAAUCUAUAAUAAUAAAGCAAGUUUUAGCCAUGGUGUUCUUGUACAACCUUAACAUUAGGUUACAGAGAUUGAAAGAGGUAAGUGUUGGGGGAAAGAGUCCUUAGAAGUGGCAGGUGUUGAGAUUAGAACAUAGUCUUGGGCUGACUCAGUGAUAUCUUGCACUUCAACAACUUGAAACUUAAAAAAUAUUCCUCUGAUAAAAAAAUCACCCAAUAUAGAAUCUUGUGUCCUCUUUAAAAAAAAUUUUUUCAUGGUUUAGCAGAUUUUUUUCCUGUCAUUGAAAAGCUUUUAAAAUUGGAUAGACCACAGUGUUUUUCAGUGCUGUCCCCAACGUGGAAGUUUGUUAUCUCUUUGAGUCCCUUCUGACAUCCUAAGUUUUGUUUAUCUCUGCUGACGUGAUGGACACUCUGUUUCUCACUUGCUCCUCUUCACUGCUGCCUUAUUGAGUUAUCACCUGGCUCGUCUUCACUACUGCCAGAUUGGGUUACCAUCUGGUUCCUCUUCACCACUGCCAAUUUUUUUUUUUUUUUUUAAGCAAUGCAUAAAGUUAAAUGAAGUUAGUAGCAUGGUGAUUAACAAACACAUGGAGGCUUUGAAACAGAACCAAAAAUACCUAAGCCUAGUGUGACAUUAAAUCUGGCCGUUAGUAGUUUGCAUUCUCUUUGCUGCAAUAUUUGUAUACUUUUACUUCUAUAAUUUUUUAGGCAGAAGAUACAGGCUAGAGGACUAACACAUAACCCAACAUAAAUAACAACUUUUGAGGGAAAAAAAAGGGGGAGGGGGUGAUGAUGACAUGAAGAGUCAACCUUCCAUGCCUGUAACACAUAUUGUUGUCCAUAAAGAUCCCAUUCAGUACCAUGAGUAUGUCAAAUGCUUAUCUUGCCCUACAACACUUUAAAAAAUGUCAAUUUGUUUUUAUUGGUUUUUGAUUUUUAAAAAAAUCAACUAGAUUCUAAAUAGAAAUAAAUAAAAGUUUAAAAUAAAAUAUAAUUUAAAAAAAAAUAAAAAAAAAAGGUUAUUGAUUGAUUGAUUGAUUGAGACCAGCUGGUAAGAGAUCAGUAAGUGGUAAGCUUAUCAUUUUCUUUUCUUUUUUUGCAUUGUCUACUUGGUUAAUGCUGACUUACAGCAUCAUUUAAAAAAAUUAAUUUUGUCCUUACCAAUAUGCAGUGUGUAUUUUUUUUAGUAUAAGUAAUCCAAUCACACUUUAAUUGCAUGGGAAAGGUAAUUCAUAGCACACUGCCAACUUUCUGUAACCCGAUCAUUUAAUGCUACCUUUGGCGACACGGCUGCCUGUGACAGAUGGUUAGCAGGUCAAUUAUGAGUUUCAAUUUUCAAUUAGAUAAUAAUAAUAAUAAGACGUCUUAUAUAGCGCGGUACCCCAGCCGUGAGACAUAAUUAUGAAAUUAUACAAACUUUUAUUUUAGAGUUUCAUUAGACAAUGGGCUUCCUGCAUAGCUGUUUAUAUAAAAAUGACCCCAAUUAUUUAGAAGUUAAUUAAAAACAAAUGUGUCUUAAUUCCCUUAAACAACGUUGGAAAGAAAUGAAUAUUGAUGCAUGAGACAAAAAGGCAUUGGCAGAUUCAAAAGGGGGAGGGGUGAUAUAAGUUACUGAAAGAGGAACAAUAAAAAAACAAUUUUAUGGCAUCAUCACACAAAUACAACCGUAAGCACAUGGAAUCUCAUACUUGAUUGCACUGUCCCCCCACCCCCUGUUAGUUAAAGGAAUAUUUGUUUUCACCAUAAACAGUGAGUAUAGGAGUAUAAUGACUGAAACAUAAAAAUUAAAUCCAAAUAUAUUUUGUAUGCCUAACUCUGGGUCCAGAAUGAUAAAGUAGAUGGAAGCAUAUACUAAGUCUUCUGUCCCAUCACCAAUGAGAAAUGAACCAAUCGUAUUUCAUUCUCGUUGUAACAGAGUGUGGACCAGUUGGGGGAGAUGACUGUGUUUAUACCCUCUCAUGUAAAUGGUCUCAAAGCACAAGAGGCUGGGCAGAUUUUGUCCAGCGGGGUGAAAGAAGAGGAGGAAGAAGAAAGAGAGCAGUGGUCCCGCGGCCUUGACUUUAUCCUGUCCCUGAUAGGUUACGCUGUCGGGGUCAGCAACUUAUGGAGAUUUCCAUACCUGACACUCAGAAAUGGGGGCGGUAAGUCACUUAACAUAUAGCGUGUUCAUUUGUUUAGAUGAGCUCUUUCAAACUUAAUACAUUUGAUUCAUGUAACAUGAUGACCUUGAUUAAGUACAAAUUUCAAUGCUAAAUUGGUAUGCAUAAAUUCCUUCAUGAUGGCAAUAGUGAUUUGAAUUAAAUUUGAAUUUUCCAGUGAAACAAAAGCUGCACAUUUUUAGGCAAAAUCGAGCUUACUAGAAGUUAAACUAAGGUCUUUCUACUUGACAUCAAUAUCUUUAUGGUAAUUUUGUAAAAAAAAUCUUUGACUGCUCAUUAACUCGCAUAUUGUUCAGCCAUCUUUUCAAUAAUUAAUAAACUAGGAAUUGACGAUUUAUGUAUAUUUAGGUAUAGUCGUAGUUAGUUUGAUAGUCUCAACAAGACCUGCUAACAAAGGAGCUGGUAAUAUUAAAAUUGGAUGAAAACGCACCUUGGUUAGACUUGCCAGGUCAGCCUCUCUGAGAAUCAUAUCUUCCCUCCCUGAUUGUGAGAUAGAGAAGAAGAAAAACCUGCAGGAAUUUCAGAAUAAGAAGAUGGGGGAGAAAUAAACAAUCAGAUCACUGUCUAUUUCCAGAUAAUUGAUGGGGCCAUCAUUGGUGUCACUGAAAAAUAUUUAAAUUGGUACAUCAUUGGUGUCACUGAAAAAAUAGUUGAUUCAGACAUCAUUGGUUUCACUGAAAAUUAAUAAACUACAGACCACUGAUUAUCAUCAUACAGUCCAUUGACCGGUCAAUGAAAGAACCAUCCCAUGGGCUCUCAAGCCUUCAAAGCUAAAAUGGAUAACAGUAUCUUCAGGCCGGGGAAGCUUGAUAAUGACAACUGGUAUACCUAAUUAAUUGAUAAAUAAAUCUGGCCUUCCUAUAUUAUGGACUUGACAACAGGAGGGAACCAAACUGCCGAUUUUGUGACCAGGCAGUGGCCCAUUUGGUGGUUGCCUGCCCCGGUGUUGGGAAGGGGGCGGAGGGCAGAGACCCAGAGACCUACCUUGAAGACAUGAUUUACGGCAAUGCCCAGUAGAUGAGGCAGGCCACUACAAUAAUAGCUAGGGCUAUAAGAGAUUGAAUCUCAACCCAAACGAGGAUUUAAAAUUAUGUUAUAUAUUGAAAAUAUAAAUAAUAGCACACAGAAGUGCACAUUUUGUAACAAAAAUAAAGUUAGCUCCAAGCAGCCAAGAAAUGAAUAAUUUAUGUUUUGUUUUUCAGGUGCAUUUUUGAUUCCGUUUUUUUUCUUCCUGACUCUCUGUGGUAUACCGCUGUUUUACUUGGAAGUCUGUCUCGGUCAGUUCUCUGGAAUCAGUUCAAUGUUUGUAUGGAAGUUGUGUCCCUUGUUUAAAGGUUAGUGAACAUUGUUCGAUUUAUAAAAAAAAAUAAUAAUUUUUUUGAACAUAAGACAUUUGCUUGAAAAAAAAGAAUUACAGUAUUACAUUUAGGUGAACAUUGAUUGGAAUAAAAACACUUUAUGUUGUCUUGUUUUCCAAGACUGAUACAUGUUAAAUUGUUGUUUUAACCCUAAUGACCCCUUUAUGUCCACACCAGGUAUAGGCUACGGCAUGGUCAUUGUCUCAGGAAUGGCCUGCAUUUACUACAAUGCUGUGCUCUCCUGGGUCAUCUAUUACUUAAUCAACUCAUUCUACGCCGACCUGCCCUGGGCGCACUGCGGACACUGGUGGAACACUGAGUACUGCAUUGACCACGUCGGUGUCCAGCAACCUGAGGUCAACGCCACAGGCCUGAAUGGUACAGCUUUUGGCAACAGCAGUGCAGCAAAUCAGCUGUGUAUAGGUAAUUCCAGUGAGUGUUUGGGCAAGAACAUCAAGUUCAGGACAGCUGCUGAAGAGUUCUGGCAGUAAGUUCAUACAUUAAUUAAUAAUGCAUAAAUUAAGUUCAUAAAUUAAGUUCAUACAUUAAGUGCAUACAUUAAGUGCAUACAAUUAAUGCAUACAUUAAGUGCAUACAGUUAGUGCAUACAUUAAGUGCAUACAGUUAGUGCAUUCAUUAAGUGCUUUCAGUUGGUGGAUUCAUAAAUUGCUUAUGGUCAGUAAAAGCGAUACAUCACAAUAUAUCUAAUCGUUUUCAUAUUUCCUUAUCAUUGUCUUGAAAUAUACACUCCUGAGUUUGAUCCAUGAAGCCAUACUAAAGCAAUAUAUAUAUAUGUGAUUAUAAUGUGAUCAAUUUUUUUGUAAUGUGUUGUUAGAUUGUUGUGCAUCAAAGUAUUCAGAAAAUGGAAGUUUGCCACAAGUGCAAAAAAGUGCUGAUAACUUUCAAUCUGUUGCUAAAAAUAUUUGUUGUUUGGGUCUUUACUUCAAAAGCUAAAAAUCAGUGGUUCUUAACCUUUUUGGAGGUACUGAACCCCACCAGUUUCGUAUGUGCAUUCACUGAACCCUUCUUAAUAGGGAAAAUAAAAUAUGUUUUUAUUCCUGAUUUUUUUUUUUUUUGGACCUUGGCCGAACCCCUGAGAUUGACUCACCGAACCCCUGGGGUUCGAUCGAACCCAGGUUAAGAACCACUGCUAUACAUUAAGUAUUUAAGAACAUUUGAAAAAAAAAAAUUAUUUUAAAAUAUUGAAUAAUUCUAUACAUUAAAAAAUGGAUUCUUCAAGGUACAAUGUUCUGAGGAAAUCAUCAGGGCUGGAAGAGCUCGGAGAUCUUCAGGUCCACAGUGCAAUGUGUCUAUUGGCUGCUUGGAUUUUAGUGUGUCUGUGUCUCAUCAAAGGGGUUAAAUCUUUAGGAAAGGUUUGUAAUUAUUUUCUCCUCAUGUCUGCUUGAGUUUAUUAAUUAUUCAAUUUUUCAAUUCAGAAAAUGUCUUUAGCUAUUUAAAUUUUUUUUUAAAUUAUACAUUCGUACUGUUGGUCAGUCUUCUUUACUAUUAGUUUUAUUAGUUUUAUUUAAUGAUCUUGAUGUGAAAACCAAUGUUAAUAUGGAAUAUUGCCCUAUGUCCUCAUAAUACCCAAUGUAGACUUUCGGCUUGUGUAGGUCCAUCUGAAAAUUCAUAAUUUUGUUGGGAGAAUUGCAGGGUUUUGAAGUUAGUAGCAAAUGCAAGGGUAAAGUUCAAAGAAGUUCAGAUUAUAAGAAUGACAUGCAUGGUGUACUUCAGGAUUAUAAGAAUGGGUCGCAUGGUGUAGUUCAGGAUUAUAAGGAAUGUGUGCAUGGUGUACAUCAGGAUUAUAAGUGAAGCUACGUUUUUGGACAUUUGUCAUGCAAUAAUUAAUCUUGCUUUAAAGAAAGGCAAAAGAGCAAGUAAAUUUUGAACUUAAAGUUGAAAUAAAGCCAACAAAUACAGCUUUUUUAAUUUUACCUAAAAAUCAGAUGCUUUCUUCUUCAUGUUCUGAUCACCCAUAUUGAAAAAAUUUCAUUUUAAACUUUAAAAAAUACAAAGUAAGAGCAGGGAAAUAUUAACUUUAUCAUCGACAGGUUGUCUACGUGACAGCUCUUCUGCCGUAUGUCUUAUUAACUGUAUUUCUUAUACGUGGAUGCAUGUUGCCUGGAGCGGUGGAUGGGAUCAUAUUCUACAUCAAGCCAGAUUUUGAAAAACUCUUGAGCCUCACCGUAAGUAUAGUUUUGUUCACAGACUUGGAGGUGGGGUAAACUGCAAACUGUUGCCACUGAUUUAGCAAUCUGGAAUUCGACUGAUUGUUAAUCCGUGCACCAUAUUUUAUCCGGCUUAUAUGUCUGUAAUAUUUUGUUUCAGGUGUGGAUUGAAGCCUGCGUGCAGGUAUUUUAUUCACUGGGGCCAGCCUGGGGGGGACUCAUCACAAUGGCUAGUUUCAACAAGUUUCACAACCAAUGUUUCAGGUACUUAAAUAACUAACUUUCUUGGCGUAAUGAUAGAUUUCUUUGUUUAAUUGUUGGUCUUACUUUCUUAACGUAACGAUAGAUUUCUUUGUUUAAUUGUUAGUGUCUCUUGAAAAAAAAAAAAGAAAUGUUUGGUUCAAUAGGGGGAUAAAAUACAUAAAAAAAACAUGUUCCAUUCAAAUAGCCAGUCAGUCAGCUUUCAUUAAGUCAUCAUUUAACUUGUAAAAAAAUUAUGGUUAACUAGGGGGAUGAAAUAAAUGCAAAACAUGUUCCUUUCAAAUAGCCAGUCAGCAUAUCACAUGUAAUUUAAAAAAAAUAAAUAAAUUCAGGCAAUAACAAAAUAAAAUGACCUUUUACACUGAAAGUUGCACUGCACCACGGUAAAAAAAUGCUUUCACAACAAAUGGUUUUAUUUCUAAAGUUGGAGAUAUGUGUUUUUUUUCCUUACCUCAUGUUUGAGGGUAUUUCACUACUACAAGAUCUUAGUGCAGUAGCUACCACUACAAAAUCUUAGUUCAAUAUCUGCUACUACAAAAUCUUAGUGCAGUUUCUGCUACUUCAAAAUCUUAGUUUAAUAUCUACUUCUACAAAAUCUUUGUCCAGUAUCUACUACUAUAAAAAUCUUUGUGCCAUAUCUACUACUCUAAUAUCUUUGUGAAGUAUCUACUACUACCAAAUCUUAACGCACUAUCUACUACUACCAAAAUCUUAGAGCCAUACCUAUUGCGGGUAUAGAGUUAUAUGGCUUCUCAUUCUUUGGCAUAUAAUGUGUGGCUGGAUGGCUGAGUGGUCUAAACUGAAUCGAUGCCAAGCUUGUGGAUUGGAGUUCAAUCCCCAACAAAAGUCUAGAUGAGCUUACACAUCACCAGCACGCUGUUAAUCUUGGGCGGCAACUCAUCUUUGAGAAGGAAAACCCUGAAUUCAAACCGGAGAUGGGGUGGGUCUCUUAGGUGGUAUGACAUUGACAAGAUAAAAAUUCCCAAGUUCUGCGAUGCCACUGGUGCCAAGCUGUAUCAUCCACACACGAUGUUACCUUGCCACUGGUGCCAAGCUGUAUCAUCCACACGUGAUGUUCCCUUGCCACUGGUGCCAAGCUGUAUCAUCCACACACGAUGUUCCCUUGCCACUGGUGCCAAGCUGUAUCAUCCACAUACGAUGUUCCCUUGCCACUGGUGCCAAGCUGUAUCAUCCACACACGAUGUUCCCUUGCCACUGGUGCCAAGCUGUAUCAUCCACAUACGAUGUUCUCUUGCCACUGGUGCCAAGCUGUAUCAUCCGCACAUGAUGGGGAGUGAGGUGAUUCCCUGUCCAGGGAACCAACGUAUCCUCCUGAAAGAAAAAUUCCAGGCUUUGCGAUUUCAUCCUUUGAAGUCUUCCCCAUCAUCAAACUGCAAUGGAUGGAUGCCAAAGGAAUUUUUAACCAAAAAAAUUAAAUAAUUUGUGAAAUAAAAAAAAAAAAUAUUAAAGAGAAUACAGAGUCAUUACAUUUGGUUUUUUUAUGAUUCCCCAGAGAUGUACUGAUAGCUUCUCUAGCAGAUGGUCUCACCAGUUUCUAUGGCGGUUUUGUCAUUUUUGCUGUUGUGGGCUUCAUGGCCAAGGAGUCUAAUGUCAGCGUCACAGAAGUGGCUACACAAGGUGAGUUCCAUUGUCACAGAAGUGGCUACACAAGGUGAGCUCCAUUAUCACAGAUGUGUCUACACAAGGUGAGUUCCAUUAUCACAGAUGUGUCUACUACACAAGGUGAGUUCCAUUGUCACAGAUGUGUCUACACAAGGUGAGUUCCAUUGUCACAGAUGUGUCUACACAAGGUGAGUUCCAUUAUCACAGAUGUGUCUACUACACAAGGUGAGUUCCAUUGUCACAGAUGUGUCUACACAAGGUGAGUUCCAUUGUCACAGAUGUGUCUACACAAGGUGAGUUCCACUGUCACUGAAGAAACUGGUUGAGAAUACUGUUGAGCUAAACUAGUGGCUAGAACUUCCAACCUACUCUCUAACUAGAGGUUUAGAUAAUUUUCAUUUAGCCAGGGAACACUACCAAUGUCAUGUAGCACUGGGAUCAUUAGAAUUCAUUCUGGCAACUAACCUUCUAUAGCAGUGGUUCUCAACCUUCCUAAUGCCGCGACACAUACUUUAGGUCCUUAUGUUGUGGUGACCCCCCAACCACUAAAUUAUUUUCGAUGCUACUUGAUAACAGUAGAGUAUAUCUAUUUUCCACUUGUCUUAGGCGACCCUUGGGAAGGGGUUGUUUGACCCCCAAGGGGGUCCCGACUUCAUAGUGACCUGCCUUUUUGAAACCAGACACUAAUUUCCUGAUUUUUUUUAAUACCGUAAUGCAUAUAUUGUUAUGAUAAACAUUUCCAACUUCACUCAAUUUGUUCAUCUUAAAAUUGUAUAAAUUUUAAAUUGCUGGUUAUUAUCUUUUUGAUCCAUUUCCUCUUAGGUCCUGGUCUUGCACUGGUUGCAUACCCAGAAGCUAUCUCCAAACUGCCCGUCCCUCAGAUCUGGUCAGUUCUAUUUUUCAUAAUGCUCCUGUCUUUAGGAUUGGACAGUCAGGUAAGUUAAGUUUUUGUUUAUGAUAAGCUGUUACAUAAAUAAAAGGGUGGAAGUGAAUUUUAAAAAAAAUUUAACCUUUUAUCCAGAUUAAGAUUCGAGUGAAAUCUCUGCAUUCAGAUGUUCAUAGUUUAAUAUUCUUUUAUUCAUUUUCUGAUGCAUUUUUAAUAAAAGUUCCCAAGAGAUUUCACCCCCAUGUUCACUAUUCUCAGUUUGGUAUGUUUGAGACAGUUGUGGCCGGUUUGAUUGAUGCUUUCCCUAAACAGCUGAGGAAGAAACGCAUCUGGCUGACAUUUGGCUUGGCCAUGAUAAGCUAUUGUCUGUCACUGCCCAUAGCCACUGCGGUGAGUUAUCACAUACACAUAAAGAAAUACAACUUUAACCAUAUUACUGGUGCGCGGGAUGAUUUUUUUUGUGUGGAUUGGAGGGGGGGGUGGAAGGGGGGUGAGCGAGCUGUGGUGACAACCCCUUUAAAAUAACCAUCCAAUUAUAGCAUAAAAUCAUUACAGUUAAUGUAGAGGAACUUUCAAAAUUUUAUUUUUUUUUGCAUCGUGUAUCAAAGAUUUGAAAAUAUAUUUAAAGAAACAACAAAAAAAAACUAUGGGAAACAUGUAGCUAGCAUAAACAUCAAAUUGUCUCAGAAAUAUUGAAAUGUUGGUCUAUACUACUUACCGAAAUGACAAGGAUGUGUCCUUGCAACAACUGUGCCUCAGUUUACCAUCGGAAAGUUAUUUUUUCCAAGCAGUGAAUACAUUCAUUAAAAAGCUGUUAUGUUUAGAUGAUGUAUCCUGGCCUAUCAUUGCAAUAUUAAUAUGCUGAUCACAAUUUUAUUGGCUACAGGGUGGCAUUUAUGUUUUUACACUGCUGGACUGGUUUGUGGCAGCUUUCUGUGUGAUGAUUACAUCCUUGAUAGAGUGCAUUGUCAUUGGAUGGAUCUAUGGUAAGUCUAGUAACCCAAAAGUGGUCAGGAUGUGUUUAUUUUAUGAAGUUUUAAGAAAUUAUGUUUUAAAAAAAAAUUGAAAAGGUGUGUUUAUAUCAUUUGGAAGAACAAAAUUCAAUGACGUAAUGUUUGAUCUAGAAUUAGCAUAUUUACAACAUAUGCAUUUAUUAGUUUUUAAACAAAUAUACAAAAAGCAUCUUUUUUUUAUUUCUCUCCUGUUCUGUUUGAAUGUAAGAAAGUAUUCUGAAUGCAAUUAUUAAUUGUCAUCUGGUGUUUGUGUCACUAGACCCGCACGGGGGCACUUAUCAGGGCCCCAAAAUAGAUAGGGGCCCGCCCUUUUUCGAGCUGUAAAAUAUUUGCACAUGUUUGAAACAUGAAAGGGGCCCAAACUCUGACAGCUGCCUGGGGCCCAUAAUUUUCUAGGUGUGGGCCUGGUGUCACGGUAAACUUUUGUGAAAUUAUAGACUCCUCAUAUUUUUGUAUUGCAUCUACAGGGGUGGACAGGUUCAGUGAUGACAUAGAGAUGAUGAUUGGGAGGAGGCCAGGCAUCAUUAUGAGGACCUGCUGGACCUUCAUUACACCCCUUGUUAUGCUGGUGAGUGGAGCUAAAAAUAACGCUGUUAUGAUAAUUAUGGAAUGGUAUUUAUAGCCCGGAGACCAAUCUCUCAUGUCUCUGUGUAUAAUAUUUGGAACACACUUCCUGAUGCUCUCAGAAACAGCCAGACCCUGGAGUCUUUCAAAACUAAUUUGAAAACAUAUCUAUUUAGCAAACACCUGUGGGGGUGAUGUUGUCUACUAUCUUUUCCAGCUAGCUAUUAUCUUCUAGAUGUAUAGUGGCCUGUGUUUUUUAUGGUUGCAAGGGAUGAAAGACUUAGAAUGGGUAUUCUCACGCAUAGUUUUUGUAAUGUUGCGUUUUACAUUUCAAUGUGUUUCAUUUCUCUUUUAAUAUGGAUGCCUUUGUACCGAACUUUGAGCCUUUGGGGAUGAAGCGUGAUUUUCAAAUAAGCUUUAUAAUAAUUAUUAUUAUUAAUAUUACCAUGAAUGUGAUAUUGUUAAUAACGAGCACUUAUGGAUAAGUUUAAAUACCACACGCUUUUGAGAUGGCUCAAGGAUGGCUUGUGGAUGGCAGUUUUUCCAACACUUUUAGAUCAAAACUAUUUUCACAGUCAACAAAUGAAAUGGUUCAUGGUGAAUUGAUUGGUGCAGGGAAAAUAAAUUUUUUUUUUUUAUCUCAUUGACAUCAACGUUCCAACGUACCAGUAUAGUUUUAUUCAACCAUAAAGAAAGUGAAAAAAAAAUGAUACAAAUUUGUUGGAAAAUGUCUAACAUUGUUUGACCCUUUCAUUUGCUGUUAAAUUUCAGAUUGCCUUUAUAUUUACGUGUGCCAAAUAUUCCCUGCCCGUUUACGACGGCUACAUCUUCCCGUUACACGCCAACAUCAUCGGCUUCAUGAUAUCUGUGAUUCCUCUCCUUCCAAUCCCCAUCGGCAUGGCGUUGGUUCUCUACAACCAGAAGGGGAGCCUUUGGCAGGUACGUGCAAAAACACGGUGUCACUCGAUUCAAUUUAGCAGAAAAGCGUUGAGUAGACAUUUUUUUAUUUCCAAGUCGCUCAGAGUCCCGGCUCCCAAACCCAUCAUUGGCACCGGCUUUCCAUUGGGGUCGGCACACCAUCUUCCCGUUGGUUCAGCAGGCCUAAAUGUAAAUUAAAAUUAUUUUUUAAAAAAUUUUAAAAAAAAAAGUUUUAAUCCCUGUCUGAAAGUUUUAACGAUCACAUUUGCUUCUUCACAUUCACAUCUCUGGAAAAUGGAUCAUGUCUUCAUUUGGAUUAAUUAAAGUGACAGAUUAAGUGUUGAGAGUUAAAUGAGGUUCUAGGAAUAACAACAACAAAAAAAAACACAGCUGUUAAAAUUUCCAUCAUUGCACUUAAAGAUUUGAAAUUAAAUGAAUGAAGUUACACCAAAAAUUUUAAUUUUUGAUAUAUUUCCUUUUACCCUAUAAAAUUAAAAAUUUUUUUUUAAAAGCUACUGUGAAUUGCGUGCUUCUUUCAAAUGGAGUUUGCAGCUCAAAAAUGCUGGGAACUUGUGACUUAAGUCUAAAAGUAGAAUUUUAAAAAAAGUAAGGUUUGUCGUUAUACAUAAAACUUGUAAAUUUUUUAAUGUAUAAUUUCUUUCCAGCGUCUGGUGUCCUCUGUUAAACCAGACAGCGACUGGGGCCCUGCACCAAAGAACCUCAGGGCAAUCUAUCAAGAAAAGAUAGAGGAAUACAAAGACCGUCCCCAUUGGAUUGUAGCCGUGUUCAACAAAGCCAAAGUAUGAUAGUUUGCCCCCCUCCAUAGGCCAACUCUUUUGACAUCAAUCGUUGUUCAUGACACACAUAGCAUCCAUCAUCAUAAGAUAUAUUUAUACAACAGACAUCCCGGAUUAUGUUAUCCAAGCCCACCACACUUAAGUUGACAUCCGCUCCUAGAUCAGAUCUGUAUAUAUAUAAUAUUGUAUGUUGAGAUGUCAAUUUUAUUUUCAAAAUGGCAUUUUAAAAUAAUUUCCCAUUAUAAAGCAGUUCAUUAUGUAAGUCAUCUUGCUUACCUUUUUUUAUUAAUUAUUUUUGUGUAAAUUAUUUCAUCUGCUUUCAUAAAUAUUUCCAAUGGUUAUAAAUACUAAGCGCCAAUACAAAUGGCUGUUCUGCCGUUGCAAUCUGUAUUUUUUUUAUGGUGCUCUCAGUCAUCGCAAUUGAAGAGCCGCAACAUUUACAAGAGCUUUCAGCACAAAAAAAAAUUAUGAAUCCGUUUGGGGGAUAUUUGAAGUAUUCCCUGGGAUAUUGUUAGACCUGCAUUUGUCUUCACUUGAAGCAUGUCACGUGACAGCUGUCAGUGAUUAAGCACAAAACUAACUAUCAUUGCCUCAUUCAAUCAUUUCACUUAACCCUUUUUCGGUGGGUUUUUUUUUGGUUUGUUUUUUUUUUUUUUUUGUGUGUGG